UCGCUCUCCCUGACCUCAACUCCAGCGAUGUCUACAGUCUGCUUGGUAGCCGCAACCGACGCGGCAGAAAUCGCGCUGCUCUCCUUGACAACGUUGAUGAAGCCCGAGUUGAUGCCUCCCAGGAUGUCCGCCACGGGCUCAUCCACCACCGUGCUGUAG